AGGUUGGUAGAACUGGCUGAGAAGACGUUAGGAGCGGAUUGUAGAACCUCCUGGAUAACUUGUUUGUUGACUUGGUUGUGAUGUUGUUUACGAGUCGUCGAGUCGGCUCCCGGCUUUUUCUUCCGUGUUGAUCCCGAGGUGAAAGUCUCUCCGCACUGCCAGGGAAGGGCGAUGGCUCCGAUGCCGCGCCACAGCCGGCUCUGCUGCGUGUUCGGCUGUGACUCCCAGCGCGCGACCCUCGGUCAAGCAGACUUCUUCACGCUGCCGAAGCGGAAGGAGGCGGCUUUCGCCCGAUGGAUCCGGGCCGUGAAGCUGCCCGGGCGGAUCGCCACCGACAUGGCCGUCUGCGCCCGCCACUUCAGACAGGAAGACUUCGAAUCCGACGAGGGUGGCCGGAAGAAACUGAAAGUCGAUGCGAUACCUUCUCUCCGUCUACCCCUUGUCUGGAGGAACAAGUUUUAUCCCAGGGAUUAUGGGAGGUUGGUGAAAUUGUUGGAGUUUCGGGGUAUCGGCAGACUGAGGCUGUGCUAUGAAGCAAAGCUGGGGAGACGAUUGUGGAGAAACAGCAUAAAACCCUAUUCUAUAAACAAUCGAAAUUUGCCUCAAUCAAUGCAUAAGGAAAGUUCUAAAAAAUCGAGCGGUGCGCACGACAUGUCUGCUCCUGUUAUUCGGGUCGCAUCAACAUUUUCACUCUCACCAAAUGACAAUUCAUUCAACAAUAACCAAUUAAAAGAUGGUGGUGUAAUUUUAACGUCUGAAAUUAUGAUAAAAGAAGAGCCAAUUUUUUUGGAGGAGAGAGAAGAGACCGUGGAAGAGAUGUUGGCGAGGAUGAAUGAGGAUUCUAAUGAGGCAGAGGCUCUCGUUGACAAAGAUGCAAAUGAUGGGGAAAUAAACAUUGAAGGAGUAGGAAGUGAAGGAUCUUUAUGUUAUAUAUGUGGUGAUGAAGAUUGCAAUCGUCAUGACAGAGAAGGAGACAAGUUUUCAUGUGAUAUUUGUGGAAAAUCAUUUUUCAAGUCGCUUCGGCAGCUCAGCGCUCACAAAUUGUGCCAUUCGGAAUACCACAAAAAAGGAUUAGCUAAAAAAAAGGAGAUCAAGAAGGUGGACAGGUUGAAAACCCUGACGAAAAAUGACGAAAAUCCUGAACAACACGUGUGUAUGUUGUGCGACAAAACUUUUAAAACUAAAGUAAAUCUCAUCCAGCACGUCAACAGUCAUACUAUAACGAACAGUUUUCGGUGUCGUAUAUGUAAGGAGUGUUUCGAGUCGUUGGAAGAGUUGGACAAGCACGCAAGGAACCACAAAGUGUUAAAAAGAGAGUAUAAGUGUCGGGAGUGUGGACAGAAAUUCCGUAGUAAAGCUGCAUGUUGGGAGCAUCUCAACAGUCACAUGAGGGCGAGGAGUAAACCUGGGCUUCCGUGUGACAUCUGUGGACGUGUUCUAUCGACUAAAGCGACGUUGAAGGAACACAUGUUUAUACAUUCAGGUGAAAAACCAUUCGAGUGUCAACUCUGUGGAAGAAAAAUAAGGCACAGGGCUAAUUUUAUCAAUCAUGUACAAGGUCAUAGUCUAGGACAGCCUCACAUAUGCAUGACCUGCGGCAUGGGAUUUCCAAGAAAAGCAGAACUGAAUUCGCAUGUGUCGGCUGAACAUCCGGAGGAUAGGCCUUUCCACUGUAUUAUAUGCGGAAUGAGGUUUCGGACAGAAGCAAGGUUUCACAAACAUGCCGUCUCCCAUGAUGCCUACCUUGAAGAAUAAAGACUAUAACACUUU